UCUAGUCGCAAGUUAUUCAACAUUUAGAAGCGGAAAGUUGUCAGUCUAAGAAAACUCGGUACCCACCACCCAGUUCAGUUCUAGUGUUUUUUUUUGUAUCCUGGAUAAAAUGCCCGGAAAGGUGGAAAAGUGCUCCUCUGGUGAUAAUAAACACGAAGGCGAGGCAAUCUCCGUUGUGUACCAAAAUGGGCGUGUUUAUUCCGGCGGCGCGGAAGGAAAACUUAAAAUUUGGGAUAAAGAUUUGAAUCUUAUCAAGGAACUUCAGAUUCAUGAGGCCUACAUCUACUCACUGGCCAUCACUUCAAAGGGGAAGCUGUACUCAAGUAGCUGCGAUGGGACAAUUCGUGUCAUGCCAAACCCUCUAGAAAGUGACGAUUGCAAGGAAUUAGUUCGAUGUCAGGACGAAAUCGAAUGCCUAGUAUGUGACGAUGAAGAUAAUUUAUAUUCGGGCGACGAUAAAGGCGUGGUAACACAAUGGAAUAAUGAUCGAAUUGGGCUCAAAUUCAAUUUGUUGGAGCACGUAAAGUCCUUAGCUGUGCAAAAAAAUUUAAUUUAUACCGUGAGAGAUUUAGAUACUGUGAUUACCCAUAUAAUGCCGGGAACUUCUGGAAAAUAUUCUACAAAAGCAGCCCUUCCUGGUAAAUCACCAUUGGCUCUGCUCGGACCGAAGGUUGAUGGAGUAAGCAAGUAUCUAGUGUUUGCUACACGAAGUGGUAAAGGUGUUACCUUCAAGAAGAAUUUACCAGACAGUAACUACGCUACCAUUUGGGAAAAAGAGGACUGCCAUGAAAUGAUAAUGAAUACAAUUCAGGGCACCGAAGAUACCUUGUUCACGGCUGGAUAUGACGGAAAAGUUAAAAAAUGGACAAACCUUGAAUCGAAAACACCACAAUUGGCGGGAGAAGCAGAAAUUGGUUCGUGUGUCAAUUCGUUAGCGAUAGCAUCAAAUAAUUGUGUGUAUACGGCGUCUGGAGACGGGAUUAUCCGGCGUGUUGAGUUUUCGUAAUUAACAAAGGAGGAGAGGAAGAGGAAUUAAGUAUAUCCACCAACAAUCCCAUUUCUUUAUAAACAAUUGCAUUAGUUUAAGGAUAUAAGGCUACUCUGUAUUUUUUAGUUUAUUAAUAAAGCUACAA